GUACCGGCGCUGUGCGCGGGAAGCGUGAGUGAGUGAGUGAGUGAGUGAGGGUGAGAGAGUGAAUGGUGGCUCAGCUCUCUGUGUGAGGACCGGUACUGAAACUCUCUCAAUCUCCAUCCAUCCGCCGCUAACAUGGCAGAUACCAAGGGGACACCUGAUGACCACGAGACGACCACGGAUAACACCGAGGACACCAACCAUGACCCCCAUUUCGAUCCCAUCGUCUCGCUCCCUGAGCAGGAGGUGAAGACUCUGGAGGAGGACGAGGAGGAGAUCUUCAAAAUGCGAGCGAAGCUGUACCGCUUCGCCAGCGAGAACGACCCGCCCGAGUGGAAGGAGCGCGGCACGGGCGACGUCAAGCUGCUGCGCCACAAAGAGAAGGGAACCAUCCGCCUCCUGAUGAGGAGAGACCGCACGCUCAAGAUCUGCGCCAACCACCUCGUCGUGCCGCUGAUGGAGCUGAAGCCGAACGCGGGGAGCGACCGCGCCUGGGUCUGGAACACACACGCCGACUUCGCAGACGAGAAGCCCAAACCCGAGAUGCUGGCCAUCCGCUUCCUGAACGCCGAGAACGCACAGAAGUUCAAGCUGAAGUUUGAUGAAUGCAGGGAGGAGGCCAGGAAGUCGCUUGAAGCUGAUGGAAACAAGGCCGACUCGGUGGUGGAGAAGCUGGAGGAUCUUUCCAUCAAAGACCAGAAGACGCAGAGCUCGGAGGAGAAGGAUAAAGACGCCAAGAAGGAGGAGAAGAAGAAGAAGCCCGAGGAGGAGAAAUGAGCGCGUCUCGUCUUCUUUUUGGCCCCCCCCCGCGCCCCCACACCGCCCCUCUUUUCUAUGACGGACUGUAAACAUUCGGACACUUCGUCUUCAUUUCGGGUUCAAGGCUCUUUGUUUAUUUUUAUUAGUGUGCGUGGGAGACCCCCGGCGUGGCUCCCGGCGUCCAUUCCUCACGCAUUCCACGCACUUCCUGUUAGUGUUCUGAGCACGCCCACGCGGCCGGGUCGGGCCGGCGCCUGUCCCCGCGCCGCGUCGGCCUUCCUGUCCGCUGGGGUGGUUUUUGUUUUUGUACCAGGAGCCGAGCGAGCGAGCGAGUAUGUGAGUGAGUGAGUGAGCAGGAUCGGUGGAGCGACCGCAGGGAUCUUGAGGGGAGGUGGGAGGGAAUCGGUUACGCACCAGAGCAGGAUCUCACCGGAUCAGUGAUGGAACGAGGGAUCUGGAUGCUGUAUCUGAUUUAAUAAUAAUGGAGGAAAUAAAAGUCCAGUUCACUCGA